UUACAUGUACUAAAAUUCUUUAAAAGAAAAUAUUCAUGGAUUUUCAUGUUUUAUGAAUGAAAUAGUCAUUCAGCUCUGUUGCGCCUCUCAGCACAGUAUUUAAAAUCAAUGACUACAAACUAACAUGUCUUGUAUUUAAACAAUCUCGUAGCUACAGACCAGUGGGUUCGACCCCGAGCAUGAUGCUGCACAGCGUUAUCACCUAGCUAGCUCGUGCUGACGGCCAGUCACUCGCUGUUGCCGCGACCCUACAGUGACCUAGCUACACUUUGACCUCGUCGUGUUUUCAAGAGAAACUAGACUUUCAAACAUCGCCUCCAUGGCUCAGCUCCAAAAACCCUGUCGAAUCGGAGAUGAUGUCUCAGACAUCGAGACACCGGCUCUUCUCGUGUGCUUGGAUCGCUUAGAAGCCAACAUCCGAAAGAUGCAGACGACGAUGUCACAAAACUAUCCUGGGGUGGCCGUGCGGCCUCACGCCAAGACACACAAGAGCCCCGGCAUAGCGCGGCUACAGGUGAGGGAGGGAGCUGUCGGCGUGUGUUGUCAGACGGUCACCGAGGCGGAAGCCAUGGUGGAAAGAGGUGUGAACGACGUCUUUGUGUCAAACGAGAUGGUCUCAAAGUCGAAACUCAGACGCCUGGGCUCGCUGGCGAAGACGGCCAAAAUCUCGCUUGCCGUGGACAGUUGCGAGAAUCUGCGAGACGUCAGCGACGUUGCCUCUGAUAUGGGUGUCAACAUCGACAUCGUCGUUGAGCUCAGUGUUGGAGGAUUCAGGGUGAAGCCAGCAUCCGGGUCAGCAGCAGAACGCAGCAGCGGCGUGAAGUUGGUGGUAGACAAAAAACUCGCGUUAUUCCUACAUCUUUAUAAACUUUAUACUGCGCAGGCCCUGUCUGGAGCUGGAAUCAAAUGCGACUACGUCACAGGUGCAGGGACGGGUACCUUCUGCUACGAGGCUGGCAGCAAGGUGUUCACUGAAAUACAGCCUGGAUCCUAUGCUGUGAUGGACGCCGAUUACAGACGUAAUCUAGCAGAAGAUGGAGAGUUUAUUUCAGAGUUUCAACAGAGCCUAUUCGUCCUCUCUACUGUUCCAAGUACACCGGAAGAUGGAACUAGAGUGGUUCUGGAUGCUGGCAUGAAAUCAGAUAACUAUGAUAUGGGGCUUUUUACAGCUUUCAGACUACCAGAAUUGACGUACUAUUGUGGUGGGGACAACCAUGGUAUUGUCUCGCCAGGUGAACUAAAGCUGGGGACCAAAGUGUGGCUUAUCCCGGGUCACUGUGACCCAACAAUCAACCUGUAUGAUUGGAUUGUAGGAAUCAGAAAGGGAAAAGUAGAAUGUGUCUGGUCUAUCAGUGGCAGGGGUCCAGGGUUGUGAUGCUAUUUGCCUCUGCAAUAACACCUCAAGAGAUUUUAUUUUGAUGCUAGUUUGUCAAGAUUUAUUAUAAGCAGUAUAAUUUCUUGACUAUAUAACACAGUUGGUUAUGUUCUUACAUUGUGUUUUAUUGCCUCAAUUAUUCGAAGCUAAUACUUUAAUGCUGGCCAAAUCUUAGUUAAGGGAAUGUUGUGUCCACUGCAUCCUUUCCUCUUAUUGCAAGAUCACAUUAUUAUUUUAUUGGUGUUUUCAUCUUUGCUGCACUAUUUAUACUCAUAAAUGAUGCUUUUUGUUGCUCAUUUUGGAAUAUACUUUGGACUAUGACAAGCAGCUUUUUUUUCAUUUGUCAAGAUUUUACCUAGUAUUUUUAAAUGCAUACCAGUAACAUAUGUUUCUUCAGAACACAAGAAAUAAACCAGUAGCUUUCUAA